AAAUGCUUCAGUAGGAGUAUAUUACGAAGGUGUAAGUUGCCAUGGUACAGCAGCCCGAGUGCCACACUGUCGUAGCAGAUGCACAGAAAGCAGACAGUACUUGGAUGUGUAUAGAAAAACAAGAGUGAUAAUUUUUCAGCUAAAAAAUGAACAUCGACAGAAAGGAAGUAUGAUGUCUGUACAAUACAGUAUAGUGUUCUGGAUCUGUUCACUUGCAACGUGGAAUUUCAGCACAGGAUUGGAAGCAAAUGGAGUAAAUGUAGAGGCGUAUACAACUUACAGGUCAUCGCGUUACACAACGUCGUGUGGUUUUCUUUAUUUGUUCCGAUGCACAAGAUACAGGCAGAGGGCAGUCACAAAUUACAGAUGCAAAACAGGGUACAGAACAACAGAUAACAGAGGCUGCCCACAUCCUCUAUGUGACAAUCAGAUACAGUCCGCUGCUUGCAACAUCGACUACAUCACAUCUCACAUCGUCUACAGUAACGGCAGGACACAGUUCAAGAGUGGGGGCAGCUGUUCCUCCCCUGGGAUCUGUGCCAACUGUAAUGAAGGCUUUUAUCCCAGCAAUGAACGCUGCAGAAUGUGCAGCGCCAUCAGUAACUGUGACCUGGAGACAUGCACCAGCAGCAGCAACCAGGUGUGUAGUCGCUGUGAGGGGGUCGUGCUGAACCAGGCAGGACACAGAGCGUAUGUGACGUCUUCUGAUAGAAGAUCAUGCACACAGGCGUGUUCGUGGCGGAGUGACAGCACCCGGUGUUAUCCCGGGACCUGCAGGAACGAGUACGCCAGUAACUGUGCCUGCUCUAGCGGCUUCACGGGGAAACAUUGUCAGACAAUAACAACGAAGCCCACAAUACACUUCAACCUCCUAAGACUGUCCGCCAGCAACGGCGACGCGACAGAGGCACCUCCCGACAUCAACAGUGGUCCAUCUCAGUCCACCAGCUGGUCAAACAUCAACUCUCAAUCCAGAAUGUACUACAAGUUUGAGGCAGAAUACAAAAUGGUACCUCCAUCCAGACAUGCCUUCAUUGAAAACUUCCGUGUGGGCAUUGUCAGUGGUUCUGCUACAUUCAAACUAAAGAGAGGUGCAGGUGAUGUCUCCACUAAGGUCUAUAACUGUGGAGGAGUCAGGCGAAGCAGCCCGGACACAGACCUGUACACCUGUGAAGGAAACCCAUCAGGGGCGUCUGUACUCCCUCUGCCCUUCCAACACAGAGAUAUAAUUGAAUUCACUUAUUCAACAAGUAAUGGAGGGUAUGUGGAGGUCCGGGACAAGGAGAGAAACACACUAGCGACCUACUACUACAACGGUGCCACACAGACCCACACCUUUACUGUGUCCAUAGACCUGGUGGAUCCCUAUCACUGUACUGGUACUACUGCCUGUGUUGGCAGCAUGUUGACUGUUCCCGAUGUUAUCAAGUCUCCCACAGUGAACCUCCGCUGGAGUGGCUGGUCAGAUACUGAUGCAGGAGUCGACCACUUUGUGAGGGACGUGUAUGAACUCCACGCUGUUGGGGAUGUACUCAGAGCUAAGCGUCGUGUUGACACUACAACGUUGACAAGCUCCACGACGUCCAACAGCUACACACUGACUACGGCGGGAGUGUACUCGGUUGUCCUAUCUGCCUAUGACAAGGGAGGUAAUCACAGAAGUGCUAGAAGAAUAUUGAUAUAUGAUGGUACUUCGACUCUGACAACACGGGUAAAUACAGCUCUCCGCGUGACAACAGCAUCAUCAACGACAUCAUCAGAGUGGCAAACAACGUCAUCAGCAGUGACAGUAGAUUGGACCAACAGAUACAUCAACACAGUCCACCACAACAACAAGUGGCUCCACGGCGUGGCUUCUGUUGGUGACAUCAGCUCGGACUAUGACGAUAAGGAGGGUGACAGAAGUGUGGCUGCCAUCAACAAUGUUCAGGGUGUAACACGAUUCUUGACGUCAUACAAAGUCGACCACCAAGGAGGGUCGUCCAUCACCAGUCCACCAGCUAAAAACCUGUUCACCAGUCAAGGUCUGAAUCAGUCACAGACCAUAACAUCCUCACUAGUGGACGGGGACACUGUACGCUUCUGGAUGCGAGCCUAUGACAUUAGAAGCGAAUUCAAUGAAGAACAUGUGACAGUCCACAUCGACACAUCACCUCCAGUCAUGGAGAACCUUUGGCUUAACAGAAGCGGAAGUCUCAACAUCAGUAUAUAUUGGGUGGAGGAACUUCAUGAUGUAAAAUUGGAGUUCGAUGUGUACGAUGGACACAGUGGAGUGGAAACGGUGCAAUGGAGAAUCGUACAAAAACGGCAAGAUGAAGAUAUGGUGUUAUCUGUAAAGUGGAUUUCUACUCAGGUCUAUCGUACUCUGGAUGACUGCAACACCAUGCACGAUGCAAGAGAUGGUAACUGUUAUUGUACUCCAGCUGGCACAUGUUAUCAUCCCCACUUCCAAGUGAAACCAGCCCUGGAAGACAUAAGGGACGUCAAGUUGGCUGAAGGAAAGGAAUACUGGUUUCUAGUCACAGCCACAAAUUAUGCUAAACUCCAAACUGAACAGGAAGUAAAGAUCCAAGUAUCUGUGAGUCCCCCUCAACCAGGUGUUGUCCACGAUGGUGAGUCUGGACAAACGGAAGUGGACUACCAGGACAGUCUACAGCUCCACGCCCACUGGGAAGGAUUCUUUGACAGAGAGAGUGCAAUUGCCUUUUACCAGUACACGUUCGGACCAAGAUGUUUACAAGGACACUUAUUUGACCUCAACAAAACCCAAAACAUGGAAUCAACACGCACUACUGAAGCCACAUGGACAGCGCCGUCUUGUGGAACGUUUUACAUAACUGUGGUUGCUUAUGAUGAAGCUCAGCAGAGAAGCGAUGCCGUUUGUUCAGAUGGUGUGGAGACAUGCAAACCAUCUCCUGUCCAAAGUAGUCCAUUGAUCAGACGAAAUCUUGUACUGGUGGUGUCGGCUACUGCGUCCGCUGUCGUUGCAGUUGCCGGCAUUGUCGUUGGAGUUGUUGUCUGGAGGAGGAAACGAAGAGGCCAACCGAAGAUCUCUGACCAAACUGUGUACUACAAUACAGGGCCAUCUGAAAACGCUAAGCCUAAAAAGACAACACCUGAAGACACGAUGUAUGACAAGCUUGAUGUCAACGCACGCGAUGGAGGAGCUGGUCAAGAACCAUACUGUUCUAUACAGACUUGUCGGUCGGAAGAAACAAACAUAUAUGAAGCUGUUGAAAAUCCGAUGUACCAGAACAUUGGCGAACCACCGCGUGUAACCUUCAACAGUACAUCAAGUGUCAUAUACGAAAACAUCUGAAUAUCACAUUUCAUCAGUCGCACAAAACUCAUAUGCGUAAACCUUUUUAAGAAAUAUAGAAAUCUUUU